GGUGACGUAUAUCCGGCGAGUUGCUGGCGGCCCCGGGUGCUGCUGGUCUGUGUGCUGUGAGGGAGGGUCCAAGCCGUCCGCCGACACCGGAGGAGCCCCUCGGGCCGUAGUAAGCAUUAAUAAUGUCUUUCAUCUUUGAGUGGAUCUACAAUGGCUUCAGCAGUGUGCUUCAGUUCCUAGGACUCUACAAGAAAUCUGGGAAGCUUGUAUUCUUGGGUUUGGAUAAUGCAGGCAAAACUACUCUUCUUCACAUGCUCAAAGAUGACAGAUUGGGCCAACAUGUUCCAACAUUACAUCCGACAUCAGAAGAGCUGACAAUUGCUGGAAUGACUUUUACAACUUUUGAUCUUGGUGGGCAUGAGCAAGCACGUCGGGUUUGGAAAAAUUAUCUCCCAGCAAUUAAUGGGAUUGUCUUUCUGGUGGACUGUGCAGAUCAUUCUCGCCUCAUGGAAUCUAAAGUUGAGCUUAAUGCUUUAAUGACUGAUGAGACAAUAUCCAAUGUGCCAAUCCUUAUUUUGGGAAACAAAAUUGACAGAACAGAUGCAAUCAGUGAAGAAAAACUCCGUGAGAUAUUUGGGCUUUAUGGACAGACCACAGGAAAGGGAAAUGUGACUCUGAAGGAGCUGAAUGCCCGCCCCAUGGAAGUAUUCAUGUGUAGUGUGUUGAAGAGGCAAGGCUAUGGCGAGGGUUUCCGCUGGCUCUCCCAGUAUAUUGACUGAUGUUUGGACAGUGAAAAUAAAAGAGUUUUACUUCUCUGGACUGAUCCUAUUCACAGCUUCCUCAUGAACUUUUCUAAUAGAACAAGGAAAGCUCUCCAACCAUGUCUGGCAUUGAGAAGCCAAGAGUCUCUGUCAACUCUCAUCGCCCAGUGGUGACAUGUGCUCUUCUGCACACUGUUGGGAGGUAAUGCCCCACAUGCUGGUGCAGGUCAGUAUCCCGGGACUCGGAAGCUGGCAGGAUUUGCUGGGUAAAGCUGUGUGCCAUCAUGGGACACCUGAAAAGAAAAACACGUCUCACCACUGUGGUUGAUUUCAAAAGAAAGUGAUUCUAUUUUUUAAAGAAAGUGUUGUUAAUGUAAUUGGUAUCCCUCCUAACUUUUUGAGUUCUCAAUUUACUUGGUCCAGAGUUUUCUAUUCUUUUUUUUUUUUUUUAAACUAGUGAAUGGCAUUUAGAUACUUUGUAAAAUUAUGCACAGAUACACAUUGGAGGCCAGAGCUUGGGGGGUGGAUUUAGCCAGCUGAAUUAGCAGGUUGGUGAGAGAAGCCGUCCUGCCCCUCUAACUGCCUGGUUGGAGGUAGCAUCAAGCUUGUGCAUGGAAAAUGAGGAAAGGAGCAGAACCCUGCAAUUGAGGCAGGUUGCACUGUGGUAAGUUGGCAUCAUCCCUCAUUGUGGAGUGGGGAGCAGAUUGUUCACUGUGGAGGAAUGAAUGAUAGAGUGGGCUGUUGUUAUUAUAUUAUUAUUCUUGUAAAGUUACAAGUUUCAGCCAGUCUUUGCUUUUAUACUGUUGUGAAAUUUAAUUUCUCUUGAUAGUAUCUUCGUUUUUCAUUUUCAGUUAUAAAAAGUUGUCUUUUGCCUCAUGAAAGAGUUGAGAACAUCUCUCAUGUAGUCACAUGCUGCACGCGUCUCACUUUUUUUGUACAGAUUUUAGGGGGAAAAUAUUUUGAAUAGCGGAGCACAGGACAAAGUUAAUAGCUUAAGACCUCUUAAUUUUGUGAGUUAAGGACUUUGCCAUCUGGAACUGGAAUACUUGGACUUUCUCAGUGGGCUUUAAAAUUUCUGCUUGGAGAAUUGGAUCUGCUUCUUGGGCUGUUCAUGAGCUCUGUCUUUUUAUUACAUUGUUUCUCUUCACUGGUUUUCUAUUUUGUUGGUGUGCCUUUCUUCAUUUCAGAUGUAAGCUGGGAAAACACUAACCCCAGGACUUUGUGUGGAGUUUGAAGGCAGACUCGCUGACAUCAGUGAGAGCGACAAGCAGCAGCAGCCCCAUGAGGGUCACAAGCAUGACUUUUUAUAGCAUUCCCAUUUUCUUAGUGCCACGUGUAAAAUUGGAUUUUCAUGAUCUUAACUUAUAUUCUAACCUUGUAGUAAAAGAUAAAAGACUAAGAAAUGGGAGGAAAUCUUUAUUUAUUUUCCCCUUAAUACAAGGUUAGCAGUAAUUUCCUCAAAAUUGAAAAUGAUGAUGCUUCCUUGUAGAGGACUGACCUUAGUUCAGUACACCCCUUUAUCCAGUGGGAGGGAAAAGUGGAAAAGAUACUUCUGGGGUACAAGAGUGUUAUCCUUCAGUUGGAUUUCUCACUCUUAGUCUUGCCUACUGACCUUUGGGGACAGCGUUCUGGUCUACUGUCAGGGAAAGAAGGAAGAGGCUGGAUGAGGUAUAUCUGGGAAUUGCGUGCAUUGCAUUUAUAGCAAUUGUGGCUGGAAUAAGACAAAAUUGUUGGUUUGGAAAGGGGUUAAAGCCUUAAGUGAACAAAUCUAGCUAACAGUGAAUGACCUGGUAGUAAACUUGCAUACUUUUCAUUUCCUUUGGCUAAAGGUUGCCCAUACUACUCUAUCCAGAGGCAUGAGAAGUAUGAUUGCUUCAGUGUUAGUUUUCUUUUUCUUUUCCUCCUUGUCCCUAAUCACUUUGUAGCAAGCUAGAAAACUGUGGACUCUACAUAGGGCAGCUCUUUGUGAAAGUGGUUUACUUUGGCCACCGGAGAAAGAGACUGUUGAAAAGUCACGUGGUAGCAGUCUGUUUCUUGCCCCACAGAACACCAUUCCUAAAAUAAGGUAGCUGAAAGAAGCUGCUGUGAGGAGUGAGGCUCCGACAGAGGAUCAGAGCCUUGUACAGGAACUCCCAUUAAUUGAGACUUUUCAUUCUGUUUUAUCAGAGUGCAUAUAUGUCCUAUUUCAGCAAAAGUAAAACAGUCAUUUACAAAAGAAAGUCAAUCUGUAUCCUAAGCAUUUUAAUAAAAUGUUAAAA